AGUGCGUCACGGGCCGACCGGACGUGGUGUUGGUGGUGUGUGUGUUUUUUGGGGGGGGAGAGAGACAUGGAGCCCGAGCGAGGCGGCCGAGAGCGGUACAGAGCUGAGGGGAAGCGUUCGCGAUCUGACGAGGAGGAGCUGUCUGAGGAUUCGGAUGACGAUUACAUUCCAUAUGUUCCAGUCAAACAGAGAAAGCAGCAGAUGGUGGAGAAGCUGAUGCGGAUGCGGAGGAAAGGAGCACUGGACGAUGACCAGAGGGACAGUGGCAGUGAUUACAGGGAGGAUGAUGGGGAUGGGCCACUUGGACCCCGAUCCAAUAUCAGCCUGCUGGACCAGCAUCAGCAGCUGAAGGAGAAGGCUGAAGCACGUAAAGAAUCCGCCAAAGAAAAACGGCUGAAGGAAGAAGAAAAAAUUCUGCAAAGCGUUGCUGAAGGCAGAGCUCUGAUGUCUGUGAAAGAAAUGGCAAAGGGUAUAACCUACGAUGACCCAAUCAAAACUAGUUGGGCACCGCCUCGCUACAUCCGCAGCAUGCCUGAAGCUCGGAAUGAGCGAGUGCGGAAAAAGUACCACAUUCUAGUGGAGGGAGAAGGAUUGCCAUGCCCCGUGAAACAUUUCAAGGAAAUGAAGUUUCCAGCAGCAAUUUUGAAAGGACUGAAGAAGAAGGGGAUUUUACAUCCGACACCCAUUCAGAUCCAGGGAAUUCCUACUGUGUUGGCAGGCAGAGACAUGAUUGGCAUUGCGUUUACUGGCUCUGGGAAGACACUUGUGUUCACCCUGCCCAUGAUAAUGUUCUGCUUGGAACAGGAGAAGAGGUUGCCAUUCUCCAAAAGAGAAGGUCCUUAUGGGCUUAUCAUUUGUCCAUCUAGAGAGUUGGCGAGACAGACUCACGGUAUUAUUGACUAUUACUGCAGACUGUUGGAAGAGGACGGGUCUCCUCAGCUUCGCUGCGCGCUCUGUAUCGGUGGUAUGUCAGUCAAGGAGCAGAUGGAGGUUGUCAAACGCGGUGUGCACAUGAUGGUUGCCACUCCGGGCCGUUUGAUGGAUCUCCUGCAGAAAAAGAUGGUUAGCUUGGACAUCUGCCGCUACCUGUCACUCGAUGAGGCUGACAGAAUGAUUGAUAUGGGAUUUGAGGAGGACAUCCGCACAAUCUUCUCCUAUUUCAAGGGACAACGGCAGACUCUCCUGUUUAGUGCGACCAUGCCGAAAAAGAUUCAGAACUUUGCCAAGAGUGCCCUGGUGAAACCUAUUACCAUUAACGUUGGCCGUGCUGGAGCUGCAAGUCUUGAUGUGAUCCAGGAAGUUGAAUACGUAAAAGAAGAAGCAAAAAUGGUUUACCUGUUGGAGUGUCUACAGAAGACUCCGCCUCCGGUGCUGAUAUUUGCUGAGAAGAAGGCUGAUGUGGAUGCUAUACACGAAUACCUGCUGUUAAAGGGUGUGGAAGCUGUCGCUAUACAUGGAGGAAAAGACCAAGAGGAGCGAACUAAGGCAAUUGAAGCUUUUCGAGAGGGGAAUAAGGAUGUUCUUGUGGCAACUGAUGUAGCAUCUAAAGGGCUGGACUUCCCAAAUAUUCAACAUGUUAUUAACUACGAUAUGCCUGAGGAGAUUGAGAAUUAUGUUCACAGAAUUGGACGUACUGGUCGAUCAGGGAAAACUGGAAUAGCCACUACAUUCAUCAAUAAAGCCUGCGAUGAGUCCGUGUUGAUGGAUCUGAAGGCACUGCUGUUGGAAGCUAAGCAGAAGGUUCCGCCUGUUUUACAGGUCCUUCAAACCGGUGAUGAGACCAUGCUGGACAUUGAAGGUGAAAGAGGCUGCACUUUCUGUGGUGGUUUGGGCCAUCGCAUUACGGACUGUCCAAAACUUGAGGCUAUGCAGACAAAGCAGGUCAGCAACAUUGGCCGCAAGGACUAUCUGGCACACAGCUCCAUGGAUUUCUAAUCUCAACUGCAGCAAGUAAUCUGAACACAUCUAUAGAUUUACCAUUGAGAGGUGAUACCCUGCUUAUACAGAAAGGACAUUCUGCAGCAUUCUGUGACUUCUUUAAAGCAAUAUGCAACCUGAGAUCUUCUUGUAAUAGUUUGAAUGGAACAUUGUUUGAAGAUAUUUUAAACUUUCUAAUGUUAGCUAUUUCUACCUGAAACCCAUUAUGAUAGAUACAUCUAUUGAAAAUAAAGACCAUUGUUUUCACACAAAAAAAUUCCCCAUAGCACUGUCAAGGUCAAAUUGCAGCACCACAGAUGGGGUGAAAGCUCCAGACUUGCUCUACUUUCUUGGCAUUUGAGAGCCUGCAGAAUUUGGCAGAUUGCUGAAUCAGUCUUGCGUUGGGUGCCCGUUUCCUGUAGUUUUUAAAAUAAUUUGCAGGAACUGAACCACCGGCUUCACGAUGUGUUUUAAGAAUGUAUCAAACUGUGGAUGCUCUGAAAUUGCAAGGGUGGUGUAAAUCUAAACUUGAGUGGUACUUCAACCCCAUAGUGUAUUAGUACAUCAGUGCAAUGACCCACUGCUUUUAUCAGCAGUGUCACUUUAGGCAACUUGCUGGGCCAAGACAGGACAUUCAUAAAUCCUGGCCAAUGCAGAAGAGAAAAGACUUAGAUUUAUCUUGCAAGACCUGGAAAAAUAUUGAAUCUUAACUAUCGAAAUUUGCAUUUUCAAUGAAAGAAAACAUAAUGGGUCUCGGACUAUUUGCUUAUGAGAUGAUUAAAUAGGGUAUUUUGUGAGUUGCUAAAUACACUUGGUUACAGUACUUCUGAGUCAACUUUCAGAUACCUUAUAACUGGCUGCUCAGUUAUGUGAGCAACUCACUCACCUUCACGGUCAAGAAACACUGUCAUCAUCUGACGCCUACUGCUCACGCCCUGACAAAGAUAAGAUUGGAAACUUGUAGUUUGAGGGCACUGGAGUAGCAGCGAGGUGAUUUAAACUGUUAGGCUGGUUUAACAUCCUGUAAAUUAUUUUAAGAACUCCAUUUCUAAACUGGCUGCAGUUGUAUGAUGCAUAAAUGAUGCCUGUUGGCGUGGUGUGUGGGAGGAACUAAUUUCUCCUUACUAACUAUUCCCCCAAAUCUUAUCUCCAUAAACCAAACUGUCGUCGUCUUCCGUAUCAUGGAUAAUAAGGUAAUAUUAAAAGAAAAGGCGUCCAGGUACUUUGACCCAGAUGUGUCUGUCCCAUAAUCCCAGAAAGGUCAGAGCAUUGUCAGGCUGGAAAUUGGCAUUCGGUAAUGCAGAGACCGUGGUGACCUCUUGAAUACUCCAUUAUAAAUGAAGCAAGUCUGACCAAGCCUGUUAUCAUCAUUGUUUGUUCAAUUGUUGUAAUUUAAGUUUCUUGUUUCAUGCUUUUUUUUGCAGAAUUUUUUAUUUUACAAUAUUACAGAAUCAUUACUAAACCAUAGGUUUAUGAACUACACAUAAGCAGCAAGUACUGUUUACUGAAUCAUUACACCCAAGAGACUUCUAUUUUGUAAAUAAUUUAAGUUGUAAGUUUUCGAGUUACUGCUCUGUUAUUAUCAAGGUUUAUUGUAUCCUGUACAAUAAAAUAUCCUGUUUUUCAUGUUUAUUUUCCCAAAAUAAGGAUUAAGUAAAGAAACCUUUAAUAUUUAUUG